GUCACGAAAAAAACAAAUGUCAUUGACCGACUAUCACACGUAGGGUUUCUGAUUGGAUUAUGUGUUAAAAAUCGGUUUUUGUAUUAAUUUCGUUAGCAAUAAGAUCAUAAUUAGUCACCAAGAUGUGGCUAGAUGAAGCGGACGGCUUUGCCGAAAUAUUCAAGGGUUAUUUACCGUAUUACCUCUUAGUGGCUUUACCAAUUUUUAUCAUUAUGUCUCCAGUGAAUCCUGUAGCUGCUUCUCACGAAUUUUCGGUGUACAGGAUGCAACAAUACGAUCUUCAUACAAUACCACAUGGAUGCCGCAGUGCCAGCUUCAACCUGGAAGGUCGUUCCUUGACUUCGUGGAGCACAUCUCGCCAUUGUGUGGUGGCUCGGGUGCAGGACAUCACAGUGGAACAGUUCAUGGAGAUCCGGAGCAAGGCGGGAGCGUUGCUACUUGUUAUGCCAAAGAAUGACACUGUCUUGACUCUGGAGGAAAAAGAACAUAUCCAACUUCUAGAGAUGGCGAUGGUCCAGAACGAGGUCAAUGCCCCCGUGUACUUUGCGCAGUGGACCCCAGACUUCGAGGACAUCAUCAAAGACUUGCAGCACAGUUUCAUCACGGACGACAAGUCUGGCACGGCACUUGAAGCCAUGUUUAACAGUGUGUCUUCUAAUGGAUAUCAAAUUGUGGUAUCAUCAACCGUCCCCCAGAAGUUGGAGUCGAAGCCGGUGACGCUGCACGGGAAGCUGGUCGGGCGCUCGGGCUCCUCGCAAACAAUCGUGAUAGCCGCACAUUAUGAUGCGUCCGCCGUUGCUCCAGAGCUAUCUCACGGCGCAGACUCUAACGCAUCAGGUGCAGUCGCGGUAUUAGAACUAGCUCGUAUAUUCUCCCGGCUUUACUCGACGGCGGGGAUGAGGGGGGCGCCUACGCUGCUGUUUGUGCUGACCUCUGCCGGACAUUCUCUGAACUACUUCGCUGCCAAGAAAUGGCUCGAGGAGCAACUGGAUUCUUCUGACGCAUCAUUGUUACAGGACGUGUCGUUCGUGAUGUGUCUGGACGCAAUAUCGUCGUCGCCACAGCUCACUAUGCACGUGUCCAAACCGCCUAAACCCGGAGGCGCCGCGCACUCUAUCAAGUCAAGAUUACGAGUUGCUAUCAACCAUAAGAAGAUAAACUUGGCCGAUGAAACAUUGGCCUGGCAACACGAGAGAUUCAGUAUUAGAAGGAUGACCGCAUUUACACUCAGCUCGCUACAGAGCCACAAGGAGCCCUCACGCAGUUCAAUACUAGACACUCCAUCGGACGUAUCCCUUACUCACCUCGCACGCAACAUCGCUGUGAUCGGGCGCGCGCUCGCCUCACACGUGUACAACCUCACGGAUGAGCUAGGCGACGAUAUGGCGCUGUAUGAUGACGUCACGGCGGUGGAUGAAGCGUUCGUGAAACAUUGGUACAAAUUUUUAUCAGCGCAGUCGAGAUCGCCCCAAAUAAUUACUACCACUUCACCUAAUGCUGGGUUAACAGGAGCCCUAGAGCGGGCUUUAUCAAGAUAUAUGGAGGUGACAGUAAGCACACAUGCAGUGGACAAGCGUGAGCCGGAAUAUACGCUCUAUGGCGGCACCAGGGCUAUGCUCUACGUCUAUAGUGUGAAGCCAGCAGUGUUCGAUCUCAUACUGACGCUGGCCAUCCUCGCUUACCUCACAGUCGUGUACUUCGCUAUACAAAUAUUCCCCAGAUUUUACGAAGAAUACGCCAAAAUCAUCACGGGGAAGGUCAAAGUCAACUAGUAGUAAGUAGCGGUAGUAGAGUUAGUAUUGUCUUAUACUAGAAAAGUGCGCGUUUUUAAAAUAAAAUAGAAGAUGAAAAGUGCAAGAUGACACAAAAAUAUAAUUAAAAAAAAAAAAUUCGAUCAAUUAAUUUUGUAAAUACUUUUUUUUUAAGACUACUGUCCAAUUACUUUUAGUAUGAGAACAAUUUAUUGUACAAACUGUACAUUAUUUAAUUUUAAUGUGAAUUCUUUACAUGUUUGCACUACGGUGUGCAAAACAAAUUAGGUACAACAAUUAGGCCCCGUUUGCAUUUAGAUUAGUGAUAAGUGCGAGUGUUAAAUCAUAGAUACAUAGUGUUUAAUAUGUACUGCAAGUGGAAAGUGAUUAGUAUGUAGAAGUAUUUUUGAGUUUAGAAGUCGUUAGUUCUAUUUUUUCCUCCCGCGCCCCUCACCUUCCCCCUCACCUUGCCAAGGGUGGAACUUAACGGCUCCAGAUAACAGUCACAAACAUGAACCUAACACUUGACACUUUAUCAGUAAAAUAUUUGACAUACACACCGCACUAGACACUAAAUAGAAUCCAAACCGCUAGCUCGGCUAAUACAGGGGUGACUUUUUAUACAUUGGCAAUAUUCUAUCUACAUACUCAGUCCAUGAUUCUAAACAACUUUUAGUAUGGGAGUAAAUCCGAAAUCGCGAAAAAAAACUCUGUUGUUCUAUACAAGAUUAGAUACCUAAGUUGUGGAAAAUCUGGAGCUGUUUUUUUUUGCGAUUUCAAGGUUUCUUCCAUACGAAAAGUUGUUCAGUACCGUCGACUGAGCAUGUAGAUAAAAUAAUGGCAAUAUAUAAGAAAUCAACUCGUAUAUACACAAAAAAGAGCGUUCAAAGAAAUGUGCACUCUAUACUUUAUUGAUAACUCUACGUAUUUAAAAGAAAAACCAAAUGAACUAGUAAAAACAUAUUGGUGAUGGCUUUUAAUUAAAUCGGUGUUUUUGGUGCAAAAUAAUUGGUUUUAUUAGCCGAUAACAUUAUUCGAACACAGUUUAUGAGAAACUGUGAAUUUCGUCUCAUUUUUUCAAUUAACAUGUUAUGAAAUCACUUCUACUUCAAAUGAGGGCACAAAUAGCUCCCUAAUAUAAUGAAAAAAAAAAUUAGUGAUUGAAAGCUAUUCCAAAAGAAUUAUAUAGGUACAUCUUGAUGAUUUUUUUAUAUAGAUUGAAAUUUACGCUAAAUAUCAAAAGCAAGAAAUGUACAGUUGAAAAAUAAUUAAUUUAUUGAAGAAAUAACAUAAUGGAAUUAUUAUUCUAAGUAUUAUUUAGUUUACAUGGAUCGUCAUGUCGAAUACCAGUACAAUUUUAAUAAUCGUCGACGUACGAUUUCGAUCGUUAACUCUUUCGAAAUAAGGCACGUUUUGUCAUAGCAAGUAUCAAAGUUUUAUUUGUAAAUACAUUUUGUUUUGGGAGUGUUACCUACUCUAAGUCAAGGGAAUAAAUAUUAGUUUCCCAUGCAAGCUUAUAUAUACAGUUUAAUAUUCCGUCGUCCUAAUGCAUAGUUCCUUGCUAAAAGAUGAAGUUACAUAUUUCCAUAUAUGUAAAUGUUAUAUGUUUCGUUAUGUAUUUUAGUUACAACGAUGCCCGCUUUAGUCAUUUCUGAAAUAAUAAUAUUAAGUGUUUAAUUAUGUCAUUCUGACACUUGAGCCUGUUGUUUUAAGGUUGAUAUUUGUUUGUGUGCGUGGAAAUCCGAUUUAAAUAUUUCUUUUCUAUGUAUCCCAAUUAAUAUUAUAAAUUCGAAAGCAGAUUUUUGUUUGUCACGCUUUAUCUGCUCGUGGCCGAGUUAUUGAAAUUUUGCAUAUAUAUUAUGUGCUUAAGAGUACAUAGGGUAUCCAUUUUCAUUAAUAAAAAACGAUGUGUUCCUGUGGGAAUUCACGCGGGCGAGACCCCGAGCAAAAGCUAGUAAUUAAUAUAAAACAAUUCUGUAAAUGAGAUCUUCACUUUCACUAUUUAUCCUCAAUUUUGAGCGGAAAUUCCGCGACACGUUGGCGUAUCAAUUUGUAAGUUUUAAAAUUGUGUUGACAUCGAUACCUUUGUGAUGUUUUAUCACUGUGCAAUUCUCAACAAUUUUCUUCAAUUGCCUGUCAAAAUAUUUUUUUUUUACACACAAAUUAAGAAAGUCGUCGACAGAGAAAACUAAUGUACGUCAUCUUUCGUUUCGUUCAUAUAAGCGCUUAUAUCUUUUAUCCCUUACUGCGUGCCCAGUUUUGCACGCACGCACUUUGUAUGAAAUGGGCCGGUAAGUUAUGGAAAUCUUCUAUCUCAUUUGGCUACGCUAGCUCGUUGUUUUUAAUUUUCUCUGUCUUUGACACAAGUGAUAGUGAUAAGGUUCCGCGCCACGAAAGUUCCGCGGGAUUUUGUAGAAUUAUACAUAACAGACCGGCUACGUUGUUGUAUGGAACUGCAUUCGUGUCGCGGUCUUUAAUUUAUUAAAUAUUUUAACGGUACCACGCUUGUUGUGUUGCUUUAGUUUAACUUCAUAAGGUUACGAAUCAUUUUUUAGGUCGGUGGCAUUUGCGAGGUUCCAAAUCGUAGCUUAUUAUGAAGAGUGGACGAGACAGGUUAUUAGUAUAACCUGAAAAAUUCAUAGAAUCAGAGUAUAUUUUCUUUUUUUUAACUUAACUAUAUUUUUUUUAACUAUCAUCAAAAGUUAGGCUAAAACUGUAAGUAAAAAAGAAGGGUUCCAAGAAGGCUGGCAGCAUUGCCCCUCUGCACUUCAAUAGUAAUCCUCUGUGCAAGGAAACUUGGAUCGCCCGUUACUUCGCGCAGGCGUGCUGAAAUCUCACUCAUAAAUGUCUUGAGAAUUUUAUUAUUAUAUAUUAGCUUAUUCAUAGAUCAGUUUUUUGUAUAUUGAAUAUGAAUCGAAUUUGAUAAAAUUGAAAACCUGUCUCGUCCACGAAGAGUAAUUAGUUCUAUAUUAUUUUUUAAAUUGUUGAAUGGUUUUAUUUGCGCAGGUAACUUAGCUUUAUGAUUAAUAUGAGAAACAAAUAUUUAAUCAUCAUCUCGGCCACAAGAUGUCCACUGCUGGACAUAGCCCUCUCCCAAAGACUGUUAAUAUGUAAUAUGUUUAAUUUUUGUUGGAAACAAUUUUGUAAGUAUAAUUUUCUUAAAAGUUUGUUCCGCGAUAAGUUUCAUUCUCUUUUAGAAAAGUUAAGUUUAGUAAAGUUAAGUUAUCUGCGGGUUUGUGUUAUCCAGAACAAAAUAGUGUCAACAAUGCUGUAAGAGAAAAUUGUGAACUUAGCAUGGAAUUGAAAAUAAACCUUUGUUUUUAAA